GAAGAAGCUAAAGAGUGAAGUCUGAACACAAUUUGCAACAGAAGAAUUAAAAAUGACCCAAAAUUUUAAAGUCGAAAAGGCAAUAUUUCUUUGUUAUCUCUGGCUAAUUUUACAAAUUGGACCUAUAAUAGGAAACGAAAAUAUGGUUGUAAAUAAUGACGCCGAACGCCUAUCGAAUGCUACUCAAAAUAUCGCGAAUGCAAGUUUGAUUUCCGGAUUUCAGGAUCCAGACGUAAAAGAAGCUAUAAAAUCCGCAUUGGGAAAUAAUUCUGCAUCUGAAGUUAUCGUGAAAAAAAAUUUACUCUUGUUCCCUUUGAAUGCCCCAAAUUUGGUUUUGUCACACAAGCAGGAAUUUCACACCAUACCGCAAGUUCAUGAUAAAAAUUCAACAGAUGAUGCAACUUACACAGAAUUAGCGGAAGUAAAUGAGUUUAGCUUGUCUGAAUUAAUUCCACUAAACGCUUCAACAACCAAGGUCAAUGGAAGUGAGCAAAUACAGGGAAAAGGAGAACAAAUUUCGGGAGCACCGAAAGUCCUUGAAGUGAUUUCUGGAUUCAAUUUACCAGACGGUCUCAUGACAGAAAAAAUACCACUACCAGAAAGUAUUAAAAACAGCAUUCCGGCACCCACAUAUUCAAUUUUGGGUCUUCUUUCUACGACAACAAUUAUUUCCAAUUCCAGAGAAGAAAAGUCAAUUGCAAAAACGGAACUUGAAGAUCUCAUUCCUCCAAGUAAUGUCGACGAUUCGUCCUUAAAUAAAAAAAUGGCUCCGAGAUCUGCCGAUUCUUUUUUGGAUGAAAAAUCGAUUCAACCUGCCGAAAAGACGUCCUUAAAUUCAGAUAAUCUGAAAGUUAGUGACUCGGGUCAGGGGAAAAAUUUUGAGGACAUGGAAGUCGCAGAAGAUAUAGUAUUCAGGCCUCUCUUCAGGUACCGUGAGGAAGCGCGAUUCAAGCCUAAAAAUAAUGACCAAGUCUAUAGAAGAUCGAGUUAUCGAAGAAGACCUGAUUCAUAUGGAUAUUCAACUUCAUACGUGCCACCAAGACGUUACAGACCUCGUGAUUAUAACGAUUACUAGUUAAGUUGCUUAUAUAAAAAUUAGUCAAAUACGGCGUUAUACGCUUACAAAAAAGGUUUUCGUAGCUUAUUAAGUCGUUAAAAUCUCUUUCUACCUUUCUCCUCUCCUCCUUUCUACCAAUCCUUUCCCGGCAUAUCCUCUCAUGUUCUGACCUCGUCUCGAAUCUCGUAUUGAGUCUUGUCUCGAAUCUCGUCUUGAGUCUCAUCUUGAGCCUCGCUUUGAGCCUCGUAUCGAAUUUCGUGAUGGAAGUACGAUUAACGGACGGACAGAUGGAAACCCUACCGAGACUAAAGGGCUUCAGCCCGGGGCUACGAUACCCUAACAAAAUAUGCAAAAGUUUUCUUACACUGUAAUAAUCUUAUUUAAUUUAUUUACUGUGUAAUUUUGGUUGUGAAAUUUACGUUUAACUGUGUGAAAAUCUUGCGCUUAUUUUUUUUGACGUCUACCUUAUUGGUUUAAUACUGAGUGAAUAUGUUUUUAAGUUUUUUUCAGUUUGUACCUUUAAAUUUUCGAGAAUUUCU